UCUUUGUCAGUGAACAAAAUGGCGUCUUACUGUUUGACUGUCGCUAGACUGCGGCUGGCCCUUGGAACCGGGGCAAGGCGUUUUCAUGUCUCCGCCGCAUUCAGCGCCAAGGCCAAGGUGGCCAUGAGCCGCUUCGAGCCCGGCACCAGCAUCAACUAUGAGAAGAUGCACGAGAACAUCAACAUUGUGCGCAGGAGGCUCGGCAGGCCUCUCACUCUGUCAGAGAAGAUUGUGUACGGUCACCUGGAUGAUCCUGCUGGGCAGGACAUCGACCGCGGCCGCACCUAUCUGCGCCUGCGUCCGGACCGCGUGGCUAUGCAGGACGCCACAGCUCAGAUGGCGAUGCUUCAGUUCAUCAGCAGUGGUCUGCCCAGGGUGGCUGUUCCCUCCACCAUCCACUGUGAUCAUCUGAUUGAGGCUCAGAUCGGAGGGGCUCAGGACCUGCAGAGGGCUAAGGACAUAAAUGAGGAAGUGUACAACUUUCUUGCAACUGCUGCUGCCAAAUAUGGAGUUGGCUUCUGGAAACCUGGAUCAGGGAUCAUCCAUCAGAUCAUCCUGGAGAAUUACGCCUAUCCUGGAGUGUUGCUGAUUGGUACAGACUCCCACACUCCCAAUGGCGGUGGCCUGGGGGCCGUCUGUAUUGGAGUGGGCGGAGCUGAUGCCGUGGAUGUCAUGGCUGGAAUCCCUUGGGAGCUCAAGUGUCCUAACGUGAUUGGAGUGAAGCUGACGGGAUCUUUGUCUGGCUGGACCUCUCCGAAGGAUGUCAUCCUGAAGGUUGCUGGCAUCCUGACUGUGAAGGGCGGCACUGGAGCCAUUGUGGAGUAUCAUGGGCCUGGAGUCGACUCCAUCUCCUGCACUGGAAUGGCCACUAUCUGUAACAUGGGUGCUGAGAUUGGAGCCACCACUUCCAUUUUCCCCUACAACCACCGCAUGAAGACCUACAUGGAGAAAACUGGCCGUGGAGAGAUCGCCUCUGUGACCGAUCAUUUCAAAGAUGACUUGGUUCCAGAUAAAGGCUGCGAAUACGACCAGCUUGUAGAGAUUAACCUGAGCGAGUUGAAGCCCCACAUCAACGGGCCGUUCACCCCUGAUCUGGCCCACCCUGUGUCUGAGAUCGGGGCGACGGCCAAGAAGAGCGGCUGGCCCCUGGAGGUUAAAGUUGGUCUGAUCGGCAGCUGCACCAACUCAAGCUACGAGGACAUGGGCAGAGCAGCCUCUCUGGCCAAGCAGGCUCUGGAUAAAGGUCUGAAGUGCAAGGCCCAGUUCACGGUCACCCCUGGUUCUGAGCAGAUCCGCGCCACUAUCGAGAGAGAUGGAUAUGCCAAGAUCCUGAGUGAUGUUGGGGGAGUCGUCCUUGCUAAUGCUUGUGGACCCUGUAUUGGACAGUGGGACAGGAAGGAUGUGAAAAAAGGAGAGAAGAACACAAUUGUCACGUCCUACAACAGGAACUUCACUGGCAGGAACGAUGCUAACCCGGCUACGCAUGCUUUUGUCACGUCUCCUGAGAUUGUCACUGCCAUGGCCAUAGCAGGGACCCUCAACUUCAACCCAGAGACCGACUACCUGACAGCUGCUAAUGGAGAGAAGUUCAAGCUGCAGCCCCCCAGCGGGGACGAGCUCCCCUCCAGGGACUUUGACCCAGGCCAGGAUACCUACCAGUACCCCCCCGCUGAGAGUGGCUCAGUACAGGUGGAUGUGAGCCCCACCAGCAACCGUCUGCAGCUGCUGGAGCCCUUCGACAAGUGGCAUGGAAAAGACCUGGAGGGGAUGAGGGUUCUCAUCAAGGUGAAGGGAAAGUGCACCACUGACCACAUCAGCGCUGCCGGGCCCUGGCUGAAAUUCCGCGGCCACUUGGACAACAUUUCCAACAACAUGCUGAUCGGUGCAGUCAACAUUGAAAACGACGCCGUCAACAAGUUGAAGAACCAGCUGACGGGCGAGUACGGAGGUGUGCCUGAUGUGGCCCGCCACUACAAGGCCAACGGCGUGAACUGGGUGGUGGUUGGAGACGAGAACUAUGGAGAAGGGUCCAGCAGAGAGCACGCUGCUCUGGAGCCACGACAUCUUGGAGGACGCGCCAUCAUCGUCAAGAGCUUCGCCAGAAUCCACGAGACUAACCUGAAGAAGCAGGGCCUGCUGCCUCUGACUUUCGCCGACCCCAAAGACUACGACAAAAUUCGCCCUGAUGACAAGAUUUCAAUCACCGGGCUGAAAUCCUUUGUUCCCGGCAAGCCCCUGACAGCAGUGAUCACACACAGCGACGGCAACCAGGAGUCCAUCACUCUAAACCACACCUUCAACGAGACGCAGAUCGAGUGGUUCAAGGCUGGCUCUGCUCUCAACAGGAUGAAGGAGCUCCAGUAAAUGGUGAAGAAGAAGGAGGGAGCGGGGCCAGUAGGGGCCACUGAGGGGCCUUGGUUAAGAAGGGGUGACUGGGGAGAGAGAGGGGCUUCGCAAAGAGGAAGAGACAGUGUGAAAGGUAGAUGGUAUCUAGACUUGUUUAGGGACAGAUGUAGUCCUGCCCAGACAGAGAAAACACACAUACACACAAACACACACACACACAAGGUCGCUGUACAGAUGAAAAGCGCACACACACAUACACACGAGCACAUGCAUGCACAGACAGGAUUACUGUGAAAGCACUCCCGAUGACAGGCAGAAAUACACAAAUGCACUCAAAACAAGCGCACACACCCAGAGCUUAGCAGUGUGUGUCUCUGUAAUAGGCAGCAUCGUUCGUCCUGGCAGCACUCCUCCGUUAAAAAUCUGAUUUGUCAAGCUUAGUUGUUCAUUGAGUGUUAACCUGCAGUGUUCAACACAGACGCUCAUCUUUCUCCAUUGAAAGUUUAUUUUCCUGGUUUUUGGGAAUGUAUCUAGCAGUACACGAACCCGACUGAGGCCCAGAUUUAAUAAAGUUAUUUACAGAAUUUGUAUUAAAAUAAAAGUGGUGGAGCAGUGAUGACUUAACCCUAAUUUUAAAUGAGUUAUGCCAAAAGCAUCCUGCUUUAAUAUCUGCAAAAUCAAUCCUAAUACCAGAAAAUUCUUGUUGUCCAUUUACUUCCUUUUAUAAUGUUUGUGUUAAUGGUUUCCAUCCAAACAGCUCAAUAAGCUCACUGAGUUCAACUCGCAUGAAUGUACACUCCCUUCAUCAUCUUCAAACCACAUGUUCUCUAUAAUUAUAAAACAUCAAAUGAUGAUGAAUUCUACCAACCGUCCUUAAUUUUCAACUUGCAGUGGACUGAUAUAUUUGCGGUUUUCUAUUUGGAACAAGUGUUUCCUCACUAAUUGUAUUCCAAGCCACACUGUAAACAGACUACCAGGCACACUUAUUUACUGCAAUCAGUUUCAAUGAAAUCCCAUCAGCCCCUGUACUGCCACAGUAUGACUGCAGCCUGAUCUGCACUCACUCAGUGGGAGGUCUUGGGCUACAGAGCAGAGUCUCAUCCAGCAGACUUUUACUGGUGUGGGAGGAGACCGGGGGCCUGCAUGCACAUUUUUUCAACUUAACCCUGUUGAAACAGAGCAGCUAAUAUUGGUAGCGAGAGCAACAAUUGCGGAGUCGUCACUGCAUCUAUUUCUCUACACGCGUGUGCAAAGCCCCGCACACGGUGAAACACAAAAACAGAAAAUGAUUUUGUUUGCACACUGCUGCUCUUCCACGCUCGCUUGCUCAUCCUCUUUUCUUUUUUUUUGCCUCAUAUAACACUCCAUUGUGUGAAAACUUCGGGCAACAAACCACAACACACACUGCCAUUGUGUCAGCGCAAGCCUCGCUAUUUUCCUCUUUCCAUCUAUGUUAUAUCCUGUGUGCGUGUGAGUGUGUGUGUGUGUUAAGCAUUAUUGUUUUUUAUCGGGUUAACAUCGGUCUGUGUUCGCUUCUGUGUGUCCCUCUUUGCUCAUCCUGUCUCUCUUGCUGCUUUCACCAGGCUGGGUCAUGCAGUCCAAACCACAACCUGAUAUGUUUAAGGGGAUGUAGGCUGAAAUCUGAUAUGUCACAUCAAAGCUGCACUGGAGAAGAUUUUUAAUGUGAAGUCUGGUGUAUAGACAGGAAAUCUUUUUUUCAGUCAGUCCUCAUUAUCAUCCAGAGCUGCCAGUGUGUGAAAUUGCCUCGUGUAGCUGUAAUGGGAGAUCACAGGCUUCGUCUGUCUUUAAAUUUUUUUUUUUCAGGUUGAGGUUUGGUCUUCCAUAGCAUGAGAAGGCCUUCUGUCUUCUUACACAAACUAACGCACAAUCUAGUGUCCAGAUGCCUGUCCACUAGCACUUUGUAGAUCUAAUGAAGUAGUUUUAGGUGUGCUUUGCCACGCUUUGUUUACUCUCUACGCACAUUUUACUCUUAAGCAUACAUCUCUGUUGUGUGUGACAGACAGUAGAACAUGUUGAUUCAAGAUCAUUCUUGUAUUAAGUUUGGUAUAAACCAGUGUUUUGCCCUGAUGUAGAUCUAGUGUUCACCUCUCAUACACUGUUUAGAUAUUUGUGUGGGCUUAGGGAUGUUUGAGGUUGUUACUGCUAUGUUUAAAUGUAAGGGCACUGCUGGCCCUCCGUGUUUAGCUCAUCCAAAAGGUGUAUAAAUCUGUCACUUCUUCAUUCUGCUGUAAUAAUUACAUUUCCUGAGCUAAAUCCCUAUGUACUAAAAAGUCAAUGAGUUUGGGCCUGUGUGUAAAUGAUGUGAUAUAUAGCUGCACUUUGUAUAGGGGUGUGUACAUAACUGAUAAAGCAUUAUAUAGAUAUAAAUAUAUAUAUAUAAACAAAGAGAGAGUGUAGGUGACAAGUUGUAUGCUGCCUGUCUAAAUGAGAGCUGUUAACUCUUUUUGUGACGACUUGUAAUAUAUUGUCAUGAUAAAGAGUCCCCUUUGUGGUCUUCAUUCAAGUGAAUCUACAUUCAUCUAAAGGUUUCACAAACCACUUUUGGAUUGUGGGUUCAAGUAAAGCACAGAUGUUGGAUUUUAACUGUUGGGUACUGCUGGGCUUUGACAGUGAAAAGGUGGCUCUUGACGGCCCUUUAUAUUUUUUCUAACGUUUUAGUUUUGUUUAUAUUAUUUUCAGAGGCAGAGAUGAUUUUUUAAAGGCAGCAGCGCAACUUAAGAGACAUUUUGAACAUUAAAGGAAUAGUUCACACCCAAAAUAGUCAUUUUUAUGUCAAUUAGUCAGCAACUGUUAUCUUAAAUUCUCGAAGAAAAUAUUUCUUCUUGCAUUUCUUCACGGUAAAUAGAAAAUCUGAAAACAGACAAAAUUAAUGAUGUAUAGAAGUAAAUGGGGGACCUUUCAGUUUAGCAUUUUUGCCAGCUAUUUAAAACACUUAUGCCAAAAUAGGAAGUACUGAGCAUACGACUCAAUAAAUAAGACGUUGAUUACACUGGACGGGUUGUGUUAAGUUUGUAAACAGAUGUUUUGACACAGUUUUGCCGUUGUUAAAUACUGACCCCAUUUAUUUUAGUUCAUCAGUAAUUUUCUCCAUUUUUGGAUUCUUCGUUCACCAUUGAGGUAAACGAGGAAAACAAAAAUUUCUUCAAAUAUUUAACAUAAGACAUAGUGAGUUACUGAUAUACAAAUGGCCAUUUUGUGGGUGAAGUGUGCCUUUAAUGACUCCAUGUAGGGGUUAUCUGUUCAUAUACUCGCCUGCUCGACACUUUGAGAAUCCUCAUUUCUUUAUUAAACCCGUCACUUUAAUGGUUAAACACCCAGAUUUACUGCCAAAGAUGCCUAAUGAAAAUAAUGAGAUUUUAAGAAGUAAUGGUUAUGCAUAAGUUGUGUUUGAAAAAUAUCACUCAUUUUUAUGUCAUCUUUCAAAUGUAUCACCACGUCCAUAAUAAUUAUUAUGUACAGGGUGUUGUUUCCUACAGAAAUCAGGAUCAUAUGUAUUCAUAAAAAUACUGAUUUGAUUAUUCUCUGUCAGCACAUUUCAAACAGCCACUUGUGAAGCAGUCUGCUUAUACUGUGAUGUAACAUAAUGCUUUGUUGUUCACUGGUUCAAGCCUUUGAGUUUUAACAGCGCUACUGUGAAGUGACAAAUCAAAUGAUGUUGAUGAAGGCAUGCCUGUUGUGUCAUUUUGUACUCAGGUGUGCUCUGUUUGGUCCUCUGAUGUGUUUAAAAUUAAUUUUACAACAUGCUUCAUUUGUUCAGAUGCAGCAAAUAUAUAUAUGGAAUAUGACCAGAUGUUUUCUCAUAGUGAUGAUUCUCCUCAGCACCAAACUCGACUUUGUAAAAGUAGAUGAUUCAGAAACGCCUGCGGUUUUAUUGCUUGAGAGAUUUAAAUGAUCUUGACAUUUACACAAUCAGUGGUAAAUUAAUAAAGAUGUAAUUCUAAA